UACCAAGAAUAUACAUAUCACUUUUGACAUUUACGUAUCUUUGAAACCAAGAAAUAAAAAAUUUUUGUGUGUGGAAAAUAUUCAAAAAUAUCCCUAAAUUUUGGCCGCAAAUGUCCUCUUUCCAACAGUAGAGCAAAUUCCUUCAAUUUCAUAUUUUAGCCAGAUAUUUUAUUUUAAUAAAUAAGCUUAAGCUAUAGAACUAUAAGGCAUGUUACGGUAAUAAAUAAAAGUAAAAUAAAUGUAAAUUUUUUAAAAAUAAUUUCAAGCGAACGAGAACUCCCUCAACGGCCGUUAGUGUGACCAUCAAUGGACGCUAUUAAGGGAUUCUUCACACGAACGGUCUUACAGCAUCGAUGCACGUGUUUUAAAAUCGUUUACAAUUAAUUGCGAUUCACCCUCCAUUGCCCUCAGUGAAGCAACAAGCCGAGAGGUUGCAUUUAAUUAAAUUCCUAUUGAAACUCCUAAGAAAAAACCCUUAAAAAUGACCGAAGAAGUGAACCCCAAGGCAUUCCCGCUGGCCGAUGCCCAACUGACGGCCAAAAUCAUGAACUUGCUGCAGCAGGCCCUGAACUACAACCAGCUGCGCAAGGGCGCCAACGAGGCCACCAAGACCCUGAACCGUGGUUUGGCCGACAUCGUUGUCCUGGCUGGCGACACCGAGCCCAUUGAGAUCCUUCUCCACCUCCCGCUGCUGUGCGAGGACAAGAACGUGCCCUACGUGUUUGUGCGCUCCAAGCAGGCUCUGGGACGCGCCUGCGGAGUCUCGCGCCCGAUCGUCGCCUGCUCGGUGACCACCAACGAGGGCAGCCAGCUGAAGUCUCAGAUCACCUCGAUCCAGCAGGAGAUUGAGCGACUGCUAGUCUAAGUUUAGAGCAUAAGAGAACAAGUACAAAGUCAAUAAAUCUGUAUUUUUCAAUUUAAAAUUCAA